UGUUAAUCAAAUUUUCCUAUUAAAAAUCACAUUCUUUUCUCUUAAAUUCACUCUUGGUAAAACAGAGGGAGAGGAGUUGUUUUAGCACAAGAAUAGAAUAGAACGUUCCGGAAUCUGGCCAUGACCGAUCUCGAAACGAGAAUUGGGAAAACGAAAAGCCAAAUGGCAAAUACCUUGUUCAUCGAAUUCAGCCACGAUUGAGUGCACUUCUUUCCUUAGUUAAGUCUACUAUCCUCUCCUUGGUACGUGUAAUCUUUUGGUUGGUGCGAAAGCCAAUAACUCUCCUUUUGUGCCUGUCUGUAACAUGGCUACCCUCUGUGAUUCCAAUUCGUUGCAGUUCUAAUCUUAAUCCUUAGAUGAAUUGAAGAGUUCUGGGGAGUUACCAUAAAAGAUUCAGCACUCAGAUUUUGCCUUGUACUUGUAAUUGUUUCCUUGAUUUUAGGGUUUUUUUUUUGCCUUUAUCAUGAUGGGUUUGAGGGAUUAAUUGAAUGGGGACACUAUCCAUAGGAAUCAAAGGGGUUGCCCAGUUGUCUGAGUUGCAAAUUUAUUGGUGUUUUUGGAAGCUAAAUGAGGUUAAGAGUCAUUUGGGUCUUAUAGGUAAGGAGAAUGAGUAUGAAUCUUGAUGAAUUUCUUAAAAAUGCUUGGAGUCCUGAUAUCAAUCAGACCACUAGUAUUGAAGAAAACAAUAAUGGUUCUUCAACGAAGUUAUUGCAAAGUCUUGGAAGCAUACCUUUCUCCAGGACUUCAAGUGAGAAGAUUGUUGAUGAGAUGUGGAGAGAGUUAAAACAAGGGGAGAAGAUUAAAGCUAGUAAGGAAGUGAAAAGAGAGCCUAUGACUUUAGAGAGCUUCUUAACUAAAGCAGGAGCCAUUGAUGAAUCCUCUUUAGGUGGUCCUGUAAUGUCCAUGGAUGUUGCUCCUACUUCACAGGCUUUUUCACAGCCAACGUGUUCGGGUUUGGGUUUGGGUUUGUCUCCGGAUCCUACGAUUGGUGCUUCAUGUGAUAGACUGAAUUCAGUUGAUGGGAGCACAGAUAAGAGGAUGAAGAGGAAAAUUAAGAAUAGAGAAUCAGCUGCUCGUUCUCGUGCCAGAAAACAGGCUUACCAUAAUGAGCUUGUUAGCGAGGUUUCACUGCUUGAGGAGCGAAACAUGAGGUACAAAAAAGAGAAGGAAUUGGACAGUAUUUUUGCUGCUGUAACAUCUGAUGAACCAAGGUAUCAGCUACGGAGAACCAGUUCGUCUGAUUUCUGAUGAGUCUUAACGAUUUUGUAGCUGUAGCUUUGUCACCGUUUUAUCGUUUGUUAUUACAUACUACUUAGUACCUCUAGAGAAGUGUUUUGUGCAAAUCCAGCUUCUGUAAUGUUUAUAUGCACUAUAUCCCCAUGGCUAAAGGACUUUAUCUGUAAAUCUUUAUAGACUAUUCCUACAUGUUUAUAGCUUCAAACUGAAUUGAUUUUAAACUUUCCAUGAGAUAUUCAUAAUAUUUCCUUUUUCCUUUUUUUUCUUUUUGCAAUAGGCUAUGAACAAUAAGAACUCGAACACACAUAGAAAUUCGAACAAUAGAUUAUGAACCAAUUUGACCCUUUUGUCGAAGGUCUUCCUCCGAAUGAUUAUUCUUCGACUUUAGAGUCUCCGAUAGUUCUUCCCCAGUGAAGCAUCCCUUUCCUUAUGAGCCCUAUGUAGCAUUUAGUCCCGGCAAUAUACGUUAAAAUGUCUAAAAUUGAUUCGAUUAAUUGAAAUCGAGUAUGACUUGACUCGAUCCAAAAUAACCUGCAUAUUAGGAUAUUUAUAUACGUACAAGAAUCGAAAUUAAUUCGAUCUGAGAUGUUAUACUUAGAAUUCACCCGAACACUUGAUCAUAUACCUUUAUAAAUACGUGUUAUUGAGUUUUAUAAAAUUAAUCCAAUUAACCGAAACUGAAUGUGAUCUAACCCAACCU